AUGAGUGUCAGCGAAAAACCCGUGUUCCAGUUCAAUGCACUUCCACAAGAUAUCAGUGCGUCGAAUCGCCAUGGCGGCUCGCAAACACGACAUCGUUUGUCCAGGUCGCUGACGGGAAAUUUCACAUCAUCUUGCAGCAUGUUAUACUCGCCAACCGAUGAGACAUCCACCAUGACCAACUUAAAGACUAGGAACAGCUUUGAUAUCAUGCCUCGAGCUGACAAGCCUAUACCUAGCCUACCCAAAUAUCAUACACGGCCAGUUUUUGUGAAAAACACCUAUGCGAACAUUUCAUCAAGGCCAUCAAAGUUCAUUAAGCCAGCGGCACAGCAUCAGAACAUUGCCGGUAAAUCGCCUACCGAUCUAGACAAUAUCGCCAAGCUGUUCUUGCGUUAUAAUCAUAAAAUGUAUAUGGAAGGCUACCUUACAACAAUGGUCGAGGUUACACCAGAGGGAAGACAUUUGGAGAGUACACAAUGGAAAAAGGUGUUUGCCGAACUGUCUGGAUCGACACUUGCCAUUUGGGAUGCAGAGAAAUCUAACCGCCAGGAAGGUAUUCUUCCAAGUUAUGUUAACAUUACGGAUGCCACCAUGGAGAUUCUUGAUGAAGGCAAUGUAGGCAAGCCCAAUUGUUUCGCUAUUCAAAACACAGCUGGUGCAAAUCGAUUUGUGUUCCAAGCAAGAACAAGGCAAGAUAUGGAAAAGUGGGAAUUUUGCUUUUGGCUGGCCAGUUUUGAAGGUACAAAAUUGCACGAGAUGUACACCAGGAAAAUUCUAGCGCGGUCUCUGUACAAGCCCUACUUUACAAAACAGCCAUCCAGCGGCAUAGAGUGCUAUCUUCAAGUCCGUUUUGCAGGCAAAUCAGAUUGGAAACGUCUCUGGACCGUUGUGGACAAGAAGGACGACAAGAAGCGAUGGGGUCGCAAAGCAUCAUCCCCCUUACCUGGCCAAAUUUUAAUAUACGAAGACAAAAAAUCGAGAACUCCAUUGAUAUCAUUGACCAAUAUUGUUCGAGCCUAUGCCAUAUACCCUGAAACGCCUCACUUGAGCGAGCACUCCACUUUGUUCAAAGUUGAAGGAUCAAUUUCCACAGUUUCAACAGAUGCAAGUUCAGAUAUCCCGGAUCGAAUCUCUCAUGUGUUAUUCAUGGCCAACAACAGCAAAGAGAUGGCGCAGUGGCUCUUGACCACGUUUGAUAUUUUCAAACUCUAUGGACGCCCACAACAAAUGUCUUUUAACCAAGUUCAGGCUGAUGGAAUUCAUUAUAGUGCUGAAUCACUAUUGAUGGUUCCCGGAAAGUUGUUUCUGGACAUACAAGAAGUCCAAGGAAAGGGUUUAUGUGACAAGAAAAGAUGGGAUCAAAAAGGGGUUUUUACGGACGAGCUGCAAAGAAAAUUAGAGUUUGAAGAAGAUAAAGCUAAGAAACCUUUGUCUCCAAAAGGCUACCACGCAAAAUCGAAAAGCUUGCAAACACCCCACGUAGAGCAGCUAAAAUCCAAAACCUCCACCACAGCUUCUCUCUUGAGUGACCUUACCAGCAAUAGUCAACCCCCAGAAGUGAGUUCCAUGAAGCAAAAAGUUGUGUCAAUUCCGACAAAGCAAAUAGGAGAUUCUAGCGAGGACGAUACUGAAGAGGAUGGAGCGGGCGAGACGGAUGAAGACACGGAUGAUGGCUCUAGCUUGAGGAUUCCGUCAAAAGAAAACGCCAUCUCUCAGCCACUUUCCAGUUCAACUCAACCGCAUAUUGAACCACGCGGAUUAACAAGGCAGAGCAGUACCUCUAGCAGUUUUUUGUUGGAUUUUGGAAACCUUUCUGGAUCAAGGAAUAUGAGCAGUCGUGCUUCAUCAGCGACAGCGUCCACUUCCAGUCUUUUUGGGGACUUUGCUCGCUCCACGGAGCUUUCAAAAUACAUCGAUCCAUCCGUAUUUGAAGAAGAUGUAGGAGAAGAAGUAGUAGUUGAUAGAGCUCUUGAAGAAUCUCGUGAUGGUGUCCCGGCGCCAGCUGGUUCAAGGGAAUCCAAAGGGAACCCGUUAUCUUUCCCCAAAUCUAAUAUCAGAGGCCUCUUUCCAAAGUUGCACUGGGGUACCUCUGGUACCAUUGAUUACGAUGAUGAUGUUGGAAGUCUAUCCAAUCCUUCAAAUGAUUUCAAAGACAUAGCAGAUUUGGGAGGUCGAGAGGGGCCGCCCAUACCAUCCUUGGGAGAUCAAUUUGCUAGUGAGAACAGCCUUCUCGCCAAAAAGCCAGCCGAUUUACCCAUGACCGCUCAGGAGCAAACAGAGUAUGCAAGAGCAAUGCGCCAGCCUUUUCUUCAUGUACCGGUUAAACCAAAAGAUCCUGGUUCAGGUUUAAUCGGGAGAAUAACGCAACUUGAAUACGUGAGGCAGCAAAACAGUGGAAAAGGAGCAGUUGAUAAAGUAGACAAGGUGCAUGCGUUCAGUGCGGAAGUGGAAAAAGAGCGCUAUUUUGAGCGCGAGAGAGACAGACAACUCAUAGAGCAUCGACAGCAGCAAAUGCUGCAGCACAUGAUGAUGAUGAACGGUGGUAAUUUUGCCUUGAUGCCUGUUAUCCAAACCCCACACGGUCUAGUUCCCGUCAUGAUGCCAUUUUCCAUGCCUCCCCAAGCGAGUAUGUCUUCACCGUUAGGUCAAACGAUGCCCUCGCAUGACCCUAGAAUGUCAGCGUAUGAUGCCAGAAUGCCAACCCAUGACCCAAGGAUGACAGGACUUGACCCCAGGAUACCACUGUUUGACCCUAGAAUGACAGGCAUACAGCCCACCACUGGUCUCAGCAGUAGCUCAUCGGCAGAAACAAAUCGCAGUCCUUUCGCGUCAUCCAGCAGCCGAAGCAGCUCUUAUACUGGGUCGUCUAUUCACAGCCAGUUUAGCAACAGCAAGAACGGGUAUAUGUCCAGCACACAAGCUGCACCGGCAACAGCACUAGGUGAUAGUAGUGGAGAUGAGGACGACCAUAUUCCUAUCGCCAAGACUCCAAUAGCUAAGCGACGCUCAGGAUGGACACACCCUCGCCCAGAGAGAUUAUAG